CACUAUAUACGUUAAGUUUUGUGAUUCUUAAGAUUGUGAUCUUACGGUAACGAAUGUUCGUAACAAGAAAAAGUUUUUUUUAUUAAGUAAAUUGUAGUUGUACUUUGAAAUUUUGGUUUUUUCCUCCUAACCGACAUUUAAGUAUGCAAAUACAUUUUAUUCAGAAGAAAUGACAUGCCACAAGUUUUUCAUAAAUAGCAUAUCCCAUCCACACUUCUGAUGCUUUCAGUAUGAGAGAAAUAGAAAAAUAUGGCAAACUGGAAUAAAAAACGACGUUUGGCCUGUGAGCCUGCUAUAGCAGUGGAAACAUCUUUACAUAAAAAUAUGUUUUGUUGGGGCAGUACCAUUCAUGGUGAACUAGGUUUAGGUGGUAUAGAGGAUGAAAAUAUUUUAAUUCCUCGUGAAGUCGAUUUUAAAAAAGCUUCAAAAAUUCAACAUAUUGCUUGUGGUGAAAAUUAUACAGUAAUUAUUACUCAAGAUGGUGAAAUAUAUUCAUGUGGAAACAAUGACUAUGGACAACUUGGUCAUAAACAAGGAACAAAAAGAUUUCAAUUGAUAUCUGGACUAGAUGCAUUUGUAUUUAAGAAAGCAGCUUGUGGAGCAUACCAUACUUUAGCAGUAAAUGAAUGGGGUCAAUUGUUCAGUUGGGGAUCUAAUACAGAAGGUCAAUUAGGUUUGAAUUCAAGAAAUUUUAUGGAAUGUUCACCACGUAUGGUAAAAACAUUAGGUACAAGUAUAGUAAUACAAGUAGCUUGUGGCAUGAAACAUGCACUUGCAUUAACAAAUAAUGGAGAAUUAUAUAGUUGGGGUUCUAAUAGUGAAGGACAACUUGGCUUAGGUGUUGAUAAUAAAUAUGAAAUAAAACCUAAACUUAUCAGUAGUUUAAUUGGUAUCCCUAUUGUCUUUAUUGCUUGUGGAGGAUAUCAUACCAUAGCUGUAUCAAAAUCAGGAGCUGUAUUUGGAUGGGGAAAGAAUACAUUUGGUCAAUUGGGAUUAAAUGAUACACAAGAUAGAAAUUUACCAUACCAACUGCAAACAUUACAAAAUGCAAAGAUAUGUUAUGCAGCUUGUGGAGAAGAAUUUUCUGCAUUUUUAACAGUUGAUGGAGGUGUGUUUACAUGUGGUGCAGGAAUGUAUGGUCAGUUAGGCCAUGGAAACAAUAGUAAUGAAAUUUUACCUCGUCAAGUUAUGGAACUUAUGGGCAGCACAGUUACACAGAUCUCAUGCGGCAAAAGACAUACUUUGGCAUUGGUACCUUCACGAGGUAGAGUUUAUGCAUGGGGUUUGGGUGGUACAGGUCAAUUAGGUAAUCAUUCUACUCGAAGCAUAACAACUCCACAAGUAGUACAUGGUCCAUGGAUUGCACCAAAUGGUUCUUCAAUAAUGGAUCUUGAUAAACAACAUAGUUCUUGUACAAUUGGCUAUGUCGUUAAACAUAUUUUUACUGGUGGAGAUCACUGUUUCGCUACAGUAGUUCUACAAAAUGAUAAUAUAAAACCAGAUGACUGUAGAAUAAUAGAAAGCUCCUUUCAAAUUCUUACAAUAACCGAAAAACAAUUAAUGGCAUGUCAACGAGUACCUGCAAAUUCACCUGUUGAUCAUGAACUUAUGACAUAUUUAGAAACGGUAUUUAAAAGUCUAUCCUGUGUAACUGGAUCGUUUUUACUUGAAAAUGAUGCUCGUUAUGGAUGUUCAAAUAAGCAUCAUGGGGUGAAUAUUGAUCAAGCAAGUAAAUUGUUCGGAAUUAUUAGAGAAUUGGAUAACAGCACAAUUCAAGAACUGAUAUUUACUUGCAUAUCAGACAGCUUGAUUCCUUCUCUUGUUAAUCUACCGCCUAAGAUAAUUUGUCCGGAAUCUUUAAGAGUCUAUUUAAUAUUACCUUUGUAUCACGGUUUUUUAAAUCCACUUAAUUGUAAUGUAUUACAUAAACCAUUCUGCAAAGCUGUUUUAGCAUUAAAACCAGAGGUUCUUGAAAUUGUUGCAAAUUGGUGGCUUAAAGCACCACCUUAUUAUUUUGAGAGAUUAGUUAGAGUUCAUAAAUCAGUUGUUCUACAUUAUGUAAAACAAUCUAAGCCGAAUAAGGUUUUAUUAUGGGAUGUGACAUUACAAGUUGCCUUAGAUUCUUUACACUUGCUAAAUAAAUUGAACAAUGAAGGUGACGAAGGCCACAAAGUACCUUAUUCUACAUUUCAUUUGCCAGAAUUAAUAGAACUUAUAGAUAUAAGGGCCGAUUACAUAAAAUGGAUUUCAGAAAAUGAAUCUUCUUCAGUACGUUAUUAUCAAAAAGUGUUCUGUAAUUAUCCGUUUCUUCUUGACGCAAAUGCUAAAAUUAUACUGCUUGAAACAGACCAAGCUAUCCAGAUGCAAUCAGCAAUGAACGAGGCAGCAACCCGUGCAUCCAUUAUCCAUCAAAUAUUUUUUGAUCCAUUUUCUAUAGACGCACGACAUCAUACUCAGUUUGUAAUAUUAAACGUUUCACGGGAAAACAUAGUUGCUGAUACUUUACGAGAAUUGGCACAAUACGAUUCUAGUGAUUUAAAAAAGCCUCUUCGAGUAAAAUUUCACGGUGAAGAAGCAGAAGAUGCAGGUGGAGUUAAAAAGGAAUUUUUUAUGCUGUUAUUAAGAGAAAUUCUAGACCCUAAAUAUGGCAUGUUUAAACAAUAUGAAGAAACCAGAGUUAUCUGGUUCAGUGAAGAUUCUCUUGAAGACGAAAACAUGUAUUUUUUAAUUGGAAUUCUUUGUGGUUUAGUUAUUUAUAAUUUUAUUAUUAUUGACUUACCAUUCCCGUUAGCUCUAUACAAAAAAUUGUUACAUGAACCAGUUGGUUUAAAUGAUAUUAAAGAUAUGUCACCAAUAUUUGCCAAGAGUAUGCAAAAUAUACUUGAUUAUGAAGAAGCAGAUUUUGAGGAAGUUUUUGGUUUACAUUUUGAAGUGGUUAGAGAAGUGUUUGGCGAAAAAAAAAUAUAUGAACUUAUACCAAAUGGUACUAAAGUUCCUGUUACAUUGAAAAAUAAGAAACAAUUUGUUGAUUUGUACGUAGAUUAUACAUUAAACAAAUCUGUAGAUCCUCAUUUUCAAGCAUUUUAUAAAGGUUUUCAUAAAGUUUGCGGUGGUCGUGUAUUGGAAUUAUUUCACAGUUAUGAACUUAUGGCCGUAGUAGUAGGAAAUGAAGAUUACGAUUGGGAAGAAUUACAAAAGAAUACAGUUUAUAAAAAUGGAUACACAAAAGAUAACUCUACUAUUGUGCUCUUUUGGCAAGUGUUUCGCGAACUUACAUUAGAAGACAAGAAAAAAUUUUUGUUAUUUUUGACAGGAAGUGAUAGGAUACCUAUACAAGGCAUGAAAGCGAUCAAGAUUACAAUACAACCAGUGAAUGAUGAACGUUUAUUACCUGUUGCUCAUACAUGUUUUAAUUUGCUUGAUCUACCACGAUAUCAAACGCGAGAAAGAUUACGAUAUAAAUUACUGCAAGCAAUCCAACAAACCCAAGGCUUUUCUCUAGUAUAAAUUUACUAUUUUAAUUGUAUAGUACGUGCAUAAUACUAUAGCCACAAAGCUAGGUUUCCACAUUAAAAAAUUAAAUAUUAUUCUGUAUUUUUUAGAGGCUAUAUAUUUGAGUGUUAAAUAAGAGAUUUACAUAAUUGUUGCUCUAUUUUUCUACAAUUUAUUUAAUUAAUAUUAUCUAGUCGAAUAUUAAAAGAACUUGUACAUAUAAAAUUCAAAUUAGUAAUAUAAUACAUAGUCGAAUACCAUAGAAAUAGAUUUGAUUCAAAAUAUAAACACUGGUUUGAGAAACGACGUACACAAAUAUUGUAUUAUGCACGUUAUUUAUUAUGACAAACUACUAUUUAAAUACAAUUUUUUAAAUUUUAAUUUUGUAGUUUUAUUAAUGAUUUAUUAAAAAAAAAAAAGAUAAUAUUUGAAAUUAUCACAUUACUUUGUAUCCCAAAAGUAAGAAAACUCAGGGAAAAUUGUUAUUUAAUAAAUCAAAGAUAUUGAUAAUUAUUUUUUUAACUUUUUAAAAGUUAAUUCUUUUAAAUUAUCACAAUAAAUAAUUGUUUGAUAAAAAACAAAUCAGAAUUUAUGUAACUUGACGAUGAUUUUUUAAAUUUGAUAUUAUUACUUUUUAAUAAGAAAUAAUAAAUUGAAAUGUGAUUAAUUCUAGAAUUGGAAUUUUAUAAAUCAUACGAAACAAUUUAUACUAAUGUUAAUGAAUAAAUACAUUUUGUAUGAUUAUUCUAAACGAACUAUUGUGUUAUAUUCAAGUUGUACUUUGAAAUAAAUCUUUUUAAAAAGACAAA